CAGUAUUAGUAUCGUCCGUGAGUUUCGUUAGUUUUUAAACUGUUUUAAAUACCUAGAUAAAGUUGAAUAAAAGUGUUAUUAAAGUAGUUAUUGUUACAACAAUAUGGUGGAUGUAAGCUAUCGUUUGUGAUCAAAGUUUUAAAAAGUUUAUGUGCAAACUGCAAAAUGUUCGAGUGAACAGGAUUUGUGUUGUUUUACGCAUCCACCAUGGCGGAAGUGACGUCAUCCCGCAGCUCGCCAGCGCCGGAAGCGUGUCCCGAGUGCGAUACGGGAGCGUCGGUUACUUCCGAUUUACAUAAGUACCAAGUGGCAUGCACAUGCAAGCCGGCCGCGCAGUACGCAUGCGCGGACGAGCCGGGCCCCCCGCCGCCCGCGAAGACGGACACACCGCCUGCGCUGCCGCCGCGCCCGCCGGCUAGUGUGUUGGCGACUAACAGACGACAUAAUGCGCCAGUCGGUUGCACAGAUACGCCAUGCCGUCGCAAAAAAUAUGCUUGGUGGUGCUGUGGCUGCGGGGCUCUAGCAGCUGCGCUCGGCGGACUGCUAGCGGCACAGCAUAUACUGCUGCGGGCGUAUACAGCCUCGCCGCAUCACUUGGAGACUGUUCCCGCUGCAGUGCCCGCUGCUAUGUUGGUGCUAACAGGCGUCUGCAUUAUGAGUCUAGCUCGACGAAGAAAUCGGUACAGCUAUAUGGUAAGAAAAAUCAAAGUGGUCGGCGCUUGCUGUCUCGUGUGCGCGCUCACGUGUGUGCUAGUUACAAUAACAACUACAGUUAUACAUAUGAAUAAGCUGCAAACACUCAAGUAUUGUGAGUACACUCGACUCACGCGCACGUGUUCCUGUUUCUCGAUAUCGCCUGAAGCACAGCAAGCUGGGAUUGAUGAUGAUGGGGUCCGCUGCGUAUUCGAAGGCGUAACCGAUUGCGCAGUAGUACACGGCGCUCUGUACUGGUGCCUGCGGGGGGUGUUCGCGCUGUCCGUCACCGCUGUGCUCGUGUGCAUCUUCAGUUGCAUGCUCGCCUAUCAGCUGCUGAGCCACGAACGUAAGAAAAUGUACUGGGAACAAUUAGAACUGCGUUGUCGCUCGUUAUACCGACCGCCGGCUGGACAACCUGCUGCUACUGCUGGAAGACCUGUACAGAAUAACUGCAGUUGCUGCGCUCAAUGUCACACAACUCAGCCGGCCUGGGAUUUUAGUUUACAACAUAGAUUCUGGGCGCCUGGUCGUAUAGGUAACUUAUAUUCUCCGAACCCUGGCUCUGGAAGAAAGACAUCGCCAUGGAGUUGGUUUCCCUGGCCAAGAGGGAAUAGUCAAAACUCCCGCUGUCGCAUGGAAGGCGUCCCGCAAUCGGGCGACAGUGCUUACGGCUUCUGCGACACUGACCAACCGCAAACACAAUACCCAACCUUCGAGCAGUUCGGGCAAAGCGGGAAUUACCCGCAGACUUCGGGGUUGCAAGGCUUGCAGGGGUUGGAAGGGUUCGAGGGGUCCAGUUUGGAUAAUCAGACAGGGGUUUGGGGUCCACCGCCCCCGUAUAGCCCGCAAGGCAGGAGUGGUAGUCGACACCACUUGCAUCAAGACCCAGCGACCACCACACUCCUCCACCACCACAUCGACGUACACAGACCAAACGAACACAACGUACAAACACACACGUGUACUAGAAAUUCGUAUUUACACCAGGAUAUAGUUCGAUUGAACCCGGAAAUAGUUAGGUUAAACCCGGAACUGUUGAGAACCAAUCCAGAAUUGUUACGCAACCCAGAACUAUUACGUAACCCAGAACUAUUACGUAACACAGAACUGUUACGUAACCCAGAACUGUUAAGGACCAAUCCGGAAUUAUUACGCAGUGCAGAACUGUUGAGAAAUAAUCCGGAUUUGUUACGAACCAAUCCAGAAUUAUUACGCAAUUCAGAACUUUUGCGAACUAAUCCAGAAUUAUUAAGAACCAACCCGGAAUUAUUACGCAAUACAGAACUAUUGAGAACCAACCCAGAACUAUUACGUAAUCCAGAACUAUUACGCAACCCAGAACUAUUACGUCUAAACCCAGAAUUGAUGAGACUAAACCCAGAAUUCGCGCAUAUGAGUCAAGAAAUACAUUUAUACCCGCAAGAAAUCCAAGAAAUUAAUCAAGAAAGGUUUAAUACUUUAAGGGGACAUUUGGUUCCGUAUAGAAAUUGUCCCCGAAUGGGACUUAGUGUGGGCAAUUUGCAUAGAGAGUGUGGGGAGGAAAAUAUGGAGUGUGUACAUCAGAAGAAUGCUAGUAAAGUUUCAGAUCAAAGCGCUGACUCGUGCAUGAAACAAGGCAAAGAGAAUUUAGCGUUCCAAAAUGACAAACAAUCUCCAAUCAGGUCUUCAAUGCAAGACUGUCACCGUGGAGGGAACCCUAAUACUGAAUCUGAGGUGUAUUUCGCAGAUGUAUCUAGCUGUUGCAAUGCGGAUUGCUGCAUAAAUCCCAACGUAUCAGCAUUAGUCGGUACAAUAGAGAAUCAUCCAGAAUCAACAUCUGAAUCCGAUACAGGCUCAUUCACAUUAACACGACAGCAAAGACCACAGCCCCAAGUGGGUUCCAAACGUAGACCCAGACAGACAGACAAAAAAACGGAUAAAAUGCGCCAGGACAUCAACAAUUCGAUACGUUUGACGGAACAACAGAUCGAACAGUUGAAUAAUUCGAUGAGAAUGAAUGAAAGGAAUGAUAGAAUGGAUAGAAUUGAACGGAUUGAUUCUAGAGAUCGAUUGAAUGAUUCUAGAAUUGAUGGGAGAUUGAAUGACUCUAGAAUCGAUAGGAGCGAUGGUAGAUUGAAUGAUUCCAGAAUUGAUAGAAGCGAUGGGCGGUUGAAUGAUUCUAGAAUCGAAGGCCGAUUGAAUGAUUCUAGAAUUGAUAGGAGCGACGGACGGUUAAAUGAUUCUAGAAUCGAAGGCAGAUUAAAUGAAUCUCGUAUCGAUGGUAGAUUGAAUGAUUCUAGAAUCGACCGAAGCGAUGGCAGAUUGAAUGACUCCAGAUUCGAUAGAAUGAACGAAUGCAGACAUUCUAGAAUCGAUAGAAUCAGCGACAUGAAUGACAUGAAUGACUCAAGAUUGAACGAAUCUCGUAUUGAACGAAUGAAUGAAGCUUCCAGAAUGGAGAGAAUGGAUCGCAUAGAUUCUAGAGAUCGGAUUGGAGAAAUGAUGAAUGAGUCGAGGGAAAGAGUCAGAAUGAGUGACCGGGAACGCAUGAGUGACAGAGAUAGAAUGAGUGACCGAGAAAGAAUGAGUGACAGAUUCGAAGAUAGAAGAAUGUCAGAUCUAAACUCGAGCCUCAGAAUCGAAGGAAGUCCCAAAAUGCGGCCACAUAUAAGUCCUCUAAAAAUGGCCAAGAGAAGUCCUAAAAACCCACCAAAAGAUAAAGAAUUCCAAGCUCCAGUAAUAUCGCCUUUAUCUCCUAACACAGAAGAGUCAUUAUUGUCUGACGAUGAUACGAGACAAGAAAUAGUAUAUUCUAACGAAACAGAGGCUAAAUGUUUAGGGCCUGAUUCUCAAUAUGAGCCAGUGAAAAAUGUGAAAGAGGAUAUAUUGAAAACGAACCACCAUCAUUGCUACAGUGACACAAAUACUAUGGACUCUGGUUGGCAAAGUGGGUCUGAGAAACAAGUUACGGAUUGAUUUAAUAUUAUAAGUAAUCGGUCAAGUGUGAGUUGAACUCGCGGCAAGGGUUCCGUAAAGCUAAAGAGCUAGAAAAAAGAGUAACCCAUCCAAUUUAUAACCGUGCCGAUAAUUGCUUAACCUCGUUACUUAUUAUUUGUAUAGCGGCAACAGAAAUACAUUAUUUCUGAUAAUUUCAUAGUCUAUCACAGUCUAUGAGAUCCUGUUGACAAACGGACGAACAGACAGACAGACAGUGAAAUAUUCAGUAAUUUUUUACUGGACCAAAAUUUUUACAUUUUGGCUACGGAACCCCAAAAAGGUAAAUAGGUUACCAACACAACAUUCGAACUUCAAAAUCUGCACACGCACACACGAUUAGACGUCAAAGUGAGAUGGCAUGAUCAAACUAUCGUGAGCGAAAGAGACAACUGAAGUCAAUUGUGGCAAAUUAGCCACAUUUCGACGUUUUUAGCUUAUACACCUUUCUACUUAUAAGUUAUAAUAUAAUUUUUAGUACAAAUGGUUGUUUUUUAACCGUAAAAUAAACGCGAAGGAAUUUUAAAAUGGACUUGAAAGGUUUCUAGGUACUAUAGUUGGAUUAAAUCGUUUAGAUUUUAGUUUUUAAGGAAAAAGAGCACAAAUGAAUAGGUAUGAUUUAAAAUGGUUUUCUUCGUUAAGUGAAAAUUUUGUAUUUAAUGUUACUUUGCUAAUAUUAUUGUUCCUAAAUCUUUAUUUUAUGUAUUAGAAU